UGCCAGAGGGGCUGUCUUCUCCAUCUGGAUCCUUGGCACCUGGCUGUGCUCCCUGCCUGGAUUCCCAGCCCGGAGCGGCUGCUGGAUGCAACGCUAGUGGGCUAUACGUCCCUCUCCCCUGCGGAGCCUGCUGCCCUGACGGCUGUGCGCCUCUCUCCUCCUGCAGCUGCGCUGAGCACAGACCCCACGGUGCUGGGCAAGUACCGCGCCGGCUUCAGCGAGUGCAUGAACGAGGUGACGCGGUUCCUCUCCACCUGCGAGGGUGUCAACACUGAGGUGCGCACUCGGCUCCUGGGCCACCUGGCCCGCUCGCCGGGCUGGGCGGGGGGCCCGCUCCCAGGCAUGCCCUGCAAGCCAGGCGCUGACGCAGCUAAGGUGUACGGAGGCUUCCAGCUGCUGCCGGCCUCGGAUGGGCAGUUCGCCUUCCUCAUCCCGAGUACUGCCUUUGGGCCUGGUGGUGCCGUGCUGCCCCUGUACGGUGGCCCGCCGACAGCUGCCACUGCUGCCUCACCGCCUGGCCCGCCACCCGGUACAGCCGACUCGGUCUGGAGACCGUGGUGAGGGUGGCGGGCACUGGACUGGACUGAGCACUGCGCCCCGUGCUGCUGGCACGGCUGUACAUAGAUUAUAUGUUCAUAUUGGAUUGUGCCUUUGUACCAUAGCACUCCCUUGACAGCAUUUCGUGUUUUACACGAGAUCUUUUUUCUUCCCCUUCCUGGCCUUCCUUAUGUGACACCAAAGAUCUUUUUUUUUUUUUGAAUGCUCUUAAAAUAAAAGCAUCUCUUCCAUUUUG